CUAACUUCCUCACUUGCUUUAUACGUACUCCUAUCAGGAUUCUCCUUCUACUUACCAUUAUAAUCUCCUUUCAGUUUAUACUUAUGCCAAUCUCAAGUUUCUCCAUAUACUCCUAUCAACUUUCGAUAAUUUUUCCGUUAUUCUACCAUCAGAGUAGGUUCUUGGAAUACCCUGUAGUCUUUUUCAUGCUGUGAUAUGUAUAGAGAUUGAUAUUCUGUCUGGUAUUAAUGAUCCUAUGUUGUAAUCACAAUCAAUUUGGUUUACAAGAAAAGCAAGAACAAUGCCUUUCGGGUUAGUCUCUGCCUGGAACAAACGAAGGAGAAGCAAGUCUGAGGAUCAGAUGAAUCCUUGGUUAUACAAACCUGUGGAAUGCUGGCAAAUUGAGUACAGAGAUCCACCAGCGAAGAGACGAAAUGCAUCAGCAGUAUUUACACUGAAAGAAAUGGAAGAGGCGACGUGUUCUUUCAGUGAUGAAAAUCUGCUUGGGAAGGGAGGAUUUGGUCGAGUAUAUAAAGGCACCCUAAAGUCUGGGGAGGUUGUGGCAAUCAAGAAAAUGGAACUACCACCAUUCAAAGAAGCAGAAGGAGAGAGAGAGUUUCGGGUGGAGGUUGAUAUAUUGAGCAGGUUGGACCAUCCAAACCUCGUAAACCUGAUAGGAUACUGUGCGGAUAGGAAGCAAAGAUUUCUGGUAUAUGAAUAUAUGCACAAAGGGAACCUGCAAGAUCACUUAAAUGGGAUUGGAGAAGUAAAGAUGGAUUGGCAGUUGAGGCUCAAAGUGGCUCUUGGAGCAGCAAGAGGACUCGCAUACCUCCAUUCUAGUUCAGAUGUUGGAAUUCCUAUCGUUCAUAGAGACUUCAAAUCCACAAACAUUCUUCUUGAUGAUAACUAUGAAGCAAAGAUAUCAGACUUUGGACUAGCGAAGUUAAUGCCAGAAGGUCAGGAAACUUGUAUGACAGCAACAGUGCUUGGCACCUUUGGCUACUUCGAUCCAGAGUAUACCUUGGUCAGGCAUAUAUUGAAUGACAAGAAGAAAUUAAAAAGGGUGAUUGACCCUGAAAUGGGCCGGAGUUCUUAUACAAUGGAGUCAAUAGCCAUGUUUGCAAACCUAGCAUCACGCUGCGUCCGAAUAGACAGUCAAGAGAGGCCCUCAAUGAUAGAAUGCGUGAAAGAACUCCAACUGAUCCUCUGCAUCAAUUCUAAAGGAUUGGGGACGACAAUGCAUACACUCAGAAUGAUGUGAAACCACUGGGAUUAUUCUGUUCAAACAGAAUAAGACAUGCUACAGAGUGGUUAAUCCCGACUAAGGAGCUUCUCGAUUUUCCUAAAACUUCAAAAUCUGAAACUUUUCAAAGUUUGGAAAAAUUACCACUGAGGCACGUCAGAGAUGUUGAUGUGUUAAUAGAGCCUACUGAAGGUUCAAGAUGGCGUAGUUUUCCUGAGUAAUUUAAAAGCAUUUAACAAAACAAUAAUAUGCAAGCUCAAGUCUCAAGAGAAGAGUAGUAAAUCCUCCAAGAAGGAUCUGUUAUUCUUACAACA